AUGUCGUCGUCUUCCAAACCCUCUACGCAACGUAAACUGGAAGAGUUCAUGACCAAACGAGACAAGUCUCGCAGGGCUAAGAAUGUAGUGCCGAACAAAGUACAGGUUGCGGGAAUCCUUGAACUACCGUUCGAACUGCUUUCUGAAAUCAUGCAAGUUGCGCUUCUCCUUACCGUCCCCAGCCGGGACAACAACGUUGGGCGGAUGAACUACGUCACCGGGCUUGCUUCAAUUUGCUCCCGUUUGCGACAAGUCGCGUUGAAAACACCUCGAUUAUGGAUUUUGGAGUAUUUUGAUAUCUUAGGCUACCCACUCGACGCCAAGACACAACGCUUUCUCGAGCGCUCUCGGCCCUGCACGUUUCGGGUCGUUAUCACAUCCCCAGACUUUGACGAAGAAGACUCGGACAUCGACGAGGAGCCGGGAAAUGUCAACCUCUCUGAUAUGGUGGCUUCUGGCUUUGGAGACACGAUGGAGAGAUGGGGAGAACUUAUUGCUACGAUUCACGCCACAAGCGAGCUCGCAGACCUGGCGGCGCUUCCACCGGGCCAUUUGACAAACCUGUCCAAACUGGACUUCGAGCUCGUGCUCGUGUGCGAGGAGGCGUGGGUGGGGCCGCCUCUGGAACUUUUUUCAGUCGCCCCCCGCCUGUCAGAGGCCAUAAUCAGACUGCAUAGGCCGAGAAAGCCUGUGUCCGUUCUCCUGCCCCUCCCGUGGUCCCAACUCAAACAUCUAACGAUCCAAAUUGACAACCUCAACAGUAUUUUCGAGGCGCUUGUGCCCUGCAAGAACCUGGUUUCGCUCUCGCUGUCCGUCUCACUGACAAUUUUUGACCCUCCGUUCACACAUUCGAGACUAACUCUGCCAAUCCUCGAAAAGCUGGAAUUGCAUGUGCUUCCGAUAUUCCAACUGGAUCCUUUAUAUCCUGCGCUUGCGGCACUGAAUCUCCCCGCUUUGAAACGCCUCGAUAUGGACUUUGGCCCCGAUUCGGAGCUAUGGAUGCCUGGACAACCCGGCGAACUCGCUGAUGCACUUGAACGCUUUCUCUCCCACCAUCAUACAUCCACAUCCUUCGGGGUCGAAAACAUCGGUGUCACUGCGCUUCUUCACAUCCUCCGUCGCCUGCCGCGCCAUAUCACGGAAUUGACCAUCGUUGAGAGUGAGUUCCCCGAGCUCAUCAGCGACGAGCUCUUGCAAGCACUGUCCGAAAGCACUCUUGUUCCUUCGCUUGAAUCGCUACAAUUCGUCGGUGUCACCGGCAUAUUGAAGGAAUCGAUGGUCUUGAGGAUGAUAUUGGCUCGAUGGCAGGCGGCUGCCAAAUUGAAACGGUGCAGAGUCGACUCGCAAGCAGGUCACAUAUUCACUGAUGAAUUCUGCGCCAAGAUACGAGCCUUGCAGGACGAAGGGUUCAAAUGGGAGUACGAGUCCAAAGUGCAGCGUCUAAACUCAGAUACCCAUUGCCCGUGGUAG